AUGGCAACCGACGCGCAUGGCGUGAAGAGCUGCAGAAUAUUGAUUUACAAGCUUUCACGGGAAUUAGUUCUUGAUGGGACUGCAGUUGAAAUGGACCUUUUCCAUUUAAUGUUUCCACCCGCAUUGUAUGAAGAAAUCGCCAGGGAAACUAACAGAUACGCGGACCUAGAACAAGAGAAAAAUGGCGUCGACCCGAGAUGGCGAGCAACAACCCCCGACGAAAUUCGUGCAUACAUCGCAAUUCAAAUUGUUAUGGGCAUCAUUGUAGCUCCUACACAGGAUCUGUAUUUCUGCAAAGAUAAUCUCUUUAGACCAAUGGGAAUAAACGAGAGAUUUACAAGGGACAGACUGGAUAAACUAAAUAAAUACUUCCAUGUCGCCGACACCUCACAAAAUCCACCCCGUCGUCAACCAGGACAUGAUAAACUUGCACAUAUCAGACCAAUUAUGGAUAUUCUCCUAAACAAAACUAAGACUGAAUAUUCAUCACACAUGGAAGCCUCGGUAGACGAAGCUAUGGUUGCCUACAUUGGACGGUUGGGAUUCAAACAGCAUAUCCCCCUCAAGCCUACCAAACGAGGAAUCAAGGUUUGGAUGAGAGCGGACCCAAAUAACGGGUAUUUCAACGACUUCCAAGUUUACACUGGAAAAGAAGGAAACGUCGCAGAGAAAGGUCUCGGUGAACGUGUAGUGAGAGACCUCACCAGAGAAAUUUGGGGAAAGUACCAUCACAUCUACUGUGACAACUAUUUUACAUCUAUCAACUUGUUUCAGGAUUUGUUUGACAAUCUAACUUAUGCUUGUGGAACAAUCCGCACUAAUCGAAAGGGGAUUCCACCGGCUAUAGCAAAAGCAAAGCUGAAGAAACAGGGCGAUAUGAUUCAGCGACAAAAAGGGUCCAUGGUUGCCACUGCUUGGCAUGACAAAAGACCCUAUUAUCAACAAAUUCUGAUCCACGUGACAUGA